UUGUAUAGUCUGCCAAAUUUCUGUCUAAGCGGUAGUUUUCAAGUAAUCGUGUUAGUAGAUUCAAACAAGUGGAAGUGGAUAUUUGAAAGCGGCAUGUCUGACAAAGAUGCGGAUGGGCUUUGUUUUCAAAAUCGGAAGUUAUUCCGGAAAUUAAAUAUCAAGGACCCCCUCAUCAGUAACUAUGAAGUGACCCAACACAUAAGUUCACAGCCCUCUCUAAUAAAUCAACUAAUUCACAUGAUUUGGGAUUCAGAAGAAAUAGAUUUUUGCAGUUGCGCCAUAAAUAUGCUUUAUAGUCUUCUGUGUCUGAGCAAUGACGAAGAAAAGCAGCUAGCAAUGAAAACUGUAAACGCAUCGGAACAUUUGAAUAUUCUAACACACUGCACCUACAACACACAUGCCAAAUUUUGCGAACUAAAGGAAUAUAGGGACUCCUUCCCCGACAUGCAAAUUAAACUUUUGCACACAAUCACGACAAUAUACCAAGUAAAAAAAUGUAAAAAGCUAACAAUAGCUGCUAGUGAAGCUACUGUCCGAUUCUACAGUCUUCUGGUAACAUCUCAAACUACACACAAGGAUUUAAUGUUACAUCUAUUACCUGUUUUAAAAAUUAUCUGCCUUAAUAAGAAAAACAGUGAAAUUCUAUCCUCUCAAAGUUUUUUUGAUGGUCUCUAUGUGUGUUGUAAAUUAACGCAAAAAGUGUCGACAGUGGUAUUAAUUCUAAAAUUAAUGUCUCGUAGCGCUGUCGCAGCGCAAUGCAUGUCUAACCAUCGAAAAAUAAUCAAUUUGGUUACAAACUUAGUUAAUUACAAUGGCAAGCGGGCAACUAAUAAGCGGUCGUUAAUGACGAUUUUGUACAGAGUCACCGCAACCAGUUCCGGGCUAAGCCUGUUUCUGGAAGCUGAUGGGUUUAAUACGCUGUUUCAGUUUUUUACAAACUGUAAUAAUAAUAAUCGUCUAGCUGCUAUAAAGGCGUACACCAUACUGUAUAGGACAGUGCCAAGUCAUCAAUUGCCCCAAACUACACCGAGCAUUUCUCGAGGCUACUUAGAAGAAGACGAAGAAGAAGAAGAAAGCUCGGAAGAAAGUGAUUUAGAUUCGGAUGAAAGCGAGGAAGAACACCAAGAUGACGAUCUUGCAGAAGAGCAGUCUCGUGAAAAAAACGUUUCGGAGGAUUGUGAAUCAGACAAUAUGGGUUGCUUCUUUACCGAACUUACCGAUGUCAACGAAAAUUUUGCAAUGCAAAUAAGUGAUUCAGAUUUUUCAUUUUGCCAAGGAAACAUUACGCAUCGUGUUUUCAAUCCUAAACAUAUGAAUAAGCAAGCCUAUCCAGAUACUCUAAACCUAAAGGCCAGUUAUGAAGAACAUUAUUUAAAUUCCUCAACAAACGAUCUUUCGCGGGAGUAUUUGACAUAUAAGUUAAUGAACGCCAAAGGCCUCUCUGACAACAAAUACAAAUCCAAAGUUGUUUACAAUGUCGACCAGAAUAUCGCAGAGUCAGAACAGUCCCUUCAAUUUGAUUCGCGGUUUGAAUGUGGAAAUCUAAAGUGCGCCAAACAGAUUGGAAGCCACGAGUAUGAACUACUGCUCGAUUCAGACUCAAACAGCUGCAAUGGGCAACAAUGGUACUAUUUUCAAAUCGGCAAUACAACAACUGGUGUAGCUUACACUUUCAAUAUUAUCAAUUUUCUCAAAAUUAAUAGUCAGUAUAAUUAUGGAAUGCAACCACUUCUGUUCUCGCUGAAGGAUUAUACGACACAAGGGAUUGGGUGGAGGCGCUGUGGUGAACAUAUUGUUUACCAUGGAAAUAAUUAUACAGACGAUGGUUGUAGUAAACAAUACAGAACGCUGUCAUUUUCCAUCACAUUUCAACAUAGCAACGAUACCGUUUACUUAGCUUACCAUUACCCGUACACUUACACAAGACUACUGAACGUAAUAUCGUCACUAACAAACGAUAGUUCGAGUAGUGGAAUUUUUCUCAGAAUAACGAAAUUAUGCAAUACUGCCAGCUGUAAAAAUGAGGUACCACUAUUGACUAUUACGGCACCUUCAACUCCCCAGUUAAGUGUCAAUAGACGCCCAUUCAUUUUUAUUACUUCAAGAGUCCAUCCCGGUGAAACGAAUUCAUCGUGGAUUAUGGAAGGUAUUAUCAAUUUUUUACUUGACAAAGAAAAUGAGCAUGCGAAAAGAGCUAGAGAGCUUUUCAUCUUUAAAAUCAUUCCGAUGCUAAAUCCAGAUGGGGUAAUUUUGGGAAAUACAAGAAGUGGUUUAAAUGGACACGAUUUGAACAGGUGCUGGCUGAGACCUCACCGAUAUAAAUGUCCAGAAAUUUACUUUACAAAGAAAUUGAUGGAAUAUGCCAAACGUGUCCUUCGUCAGCCGGUAUCCUUUUACUUAGACAUACACGGCCACAGUAGGAAAAAAUUCUUCUUCUUCUACGGAUGCAAUCCCGCUAUGAGUUGGAAUAAAUCCGACGCAGUAUACGGAGACGUUCAAGACAUUUUAAAGGUAUUUCCUCAAAUGGUUCACGGUUUCACUCCACAUCUACGCCUUAACGAUUGCAAAUACAAAAUUCAAAAAGCCAAAGAAAGUACGGGACGCGUAGUCGUCUGGAGGGAAUUCGGAAUUCCGUACUCCUACACUUUGGAAUGCUCUUAUUGCGCAGGAGCGGAAAAACAGACAAUAAAUACCAAAAUAUUAACUGAUAUUGGCGCUAGCAUUGUUAGAGCCUUUGCUAGUAUGGCUGACGCAGCUUUUUCAACCUCAAAGUGUAUGCCAAUAUUGGGUGUUGAUGAGUCACAUCUGCACAGCUUUGUAACCACCAAUGGGGAAACAGAAGAGAAUUGAGCUUAAUAUAAAGUGGUUGCUAAAAACCAUUGUGAUAAACAAAAGUAUUAUAGAUGCACUAUUUACGCUUAAAUUAAAAAAUGUACUAACCUUUUAAA